GUCUAGAAUCACACACAAUAAACACCUCAUACAUUUUUCUAUUUUUACGUGCAAGUUAACGAUCUAUGUCUCAUUACUAUGUAUGUUUUUAUUAUUAUGAACACAAAAUCUCCUCCUCUUUUUUUCCCAUCUUAAUUAAGCUACUCUUACCUAAAUAAUUAUUCAAUAGUUGUUACACCUACAAAUUAUACACACACUUCAUUAAAGGAAAAAAAAACAACAUGACAUAGAUUUAUAUGUAACAUUACUUUUUUUUUCACUUUUCACUUUUUAUAUUUUUUGUAUUGUACUAUAGGCUUAUAAAAUUUCAUUGUGUGAUUUGAGUUUUUCUUAAUUUCAAUGGCUACAAUCAACAAAAUUGGCUUACAAGGGAAAUGGAAUCUGAGCAAUGGAAAGAAGGAAAAUGUGAUGAACAAUGGAAAGGUUUUGGGGGUGGAUUUUAAUUAUUCUCAUUAUCACAAUAAAAGAAGAUUUUCAUUGGUGAUUAAAAGUUGUAAUCAUGGUAGUACUUAUAAGAAAGUGGAUACAAUUAAUGGAACAAAGGUGAAUGGUUUACAAGUGGUAGAAGCUCCAAAAAAAUUGUCAACAGAUGUUGCUCUUGUUACAAAUGGAAAAUUUGUUGAAGGAAGGUUUGUUUUUAGACAGAUUUUUGUUAUUAGGUCCUAUGAAAUUGGUCCAGAUAGAACUGCCACCAUGGAGACACUCAUGAAUUUUCUUCAGGAAACUGCUCUAAAUCAUGUUACCAGCUCUGGGAUAGGAGGAGAUGGAUUUGGAGCUACGCGCGAGAUGAGCCUUAGGAAACUCAUUUGGGUCGUUACUCGUAUUCAGGUUCAAGUGCAAAGAUAUAGCAAAUGGGGAGAAGAAAUUGAAAUCGAUACUUGGGUGGAUGCAGCGGGGAAGAAUGGAAUGCGAAGAGAUUGGAUAAUUAGAGAUCGUUGUACGAAAGAGAUCAUAACUAAAGCAACAAGCACAUGGGUGAUAAUGAAUAGAGAAACCAGAAGAUUAUCAAAGAUACCUGAAGAAGUUAGAAGAGAGCUUUCUCCUUUUUACAUUCAUAGGAUUGCUGUAGCUAGCGAAGAAAGAGAUUGCGAAAAGAUUGACAAACUUACUGAUGACACUGCUGAGACAACACAAUCUGGUUUGGCUCCAAGGUGGAAUGACAUGGAUGUUAACCAGCAUGUGAACAAUGUGAAAUACAUUGGAUGGAUUUUAGAGAGUGUGCCAAUAAAAGUACUAGAAGAUUAUAACAUGACAAGCAUGACAUUAGAGUUUAGGCGUGAAUGUACACAAUCAAAUAUGUUGGAAUCCAUGACAUGUCCAACAGAAAGAGUGAUAGGUGAAUCUGAUAAUAAUUCAGUCAAUAGAAAACCUGAUCUUCAAUACACACACCUUCUUCGUCUACAAGACGAUAAAAGAGACGUUGUUCGAGCUAGAUCUGAAUGGAAGUUAAAGCAAAGUCAACAAUGAUAAAUACCUUCUGAGUUACAGUUAAGGUCAAAUUAUUUUGAAGAAUCUAAGUUAAUCUUGACCAAAUCUAUCAUUAAUUAGACUUUAUUUACAUCUCGACCGAACUCCAGGUGUUAUCAGAGUCUCAUUCUUUGGUGAACUUAAGACCAAGAAAAAAAUACAAUAUACCUUAUUAUGUUUCA